AGAGCCGCCCCGCGCAGGCACCAGCGGGCGGGGAGGCGCCGCCGCCGGGCGACACCGGGCUGCCGCUUGCCUUGCCGCCGCGCCCGGCCCCGCUCCCGCUCCUCCCCGCCCGCCGCUCCGUGUCAGGUGCCGCGGGGCGGGGAGUGAGGCUCUGCGGCGGCCGCCGCGGAGCCGAGCGCCGGCAGCAGGACGCGGCGGUGGCUACCGGCCGAGGAAGAUGGCGGAGCCGGGGGCUGCCCGCAGCCACCCGCGGGCGACAGCCAUUGAUGGAUUUCUAAAAACUGAUGAAAGACAAAGACUGGCAAAGGAGAGGAGAGAAGAAAGGGAGAAAUACUUUGCUGCUAGAGAACAGCAGAUACUGGAGAAGGAGAGAAGAGCAAAACUUCAAUAUGAAAAGCAAAUGGAGGAGCGAUGGAGAAGGCUGGAGGAACAGAGGCAGAGAGAAGAACAGAAGAGAGCCGCUGUUGAAGAAAAACGGAGACAAAAGCUUAAAGAGGAGGAGGAACGUUUAGAAGCCAUGAUGCGUCGGUCCCUUGAACGCAGCCUGCAGCUGGAACAGAAGCAGAAGCCAUGGUCGUGGGGAGGAGCACUGGCUGCAGGCUCAGGAGGGAGAGAUGGUGAAUCAGAAAAUAGCCCACGCCCUGUUCUAGGUUUAGCUGCCAACACCCUUCCUUCAGACCCUGUGACCUCUACUGCUCCAGCUGAUUCCUUCAAUGCACGUGACAAACUUUCAGCUUCUACAACGAAUCUGCCAAAGCAAAUGGAAUCGCCAAUCAGUAAGCACCUCUCCUCCUCCACAGUGGCAAUAACACAUUCCCCCGACACAGCUCACCGCAUGCAUCUUAGUCCAAUGGAAAACUCUAUUGUUUCUCGACUGCUGACUCCCACACAGUCAUCUUUAGCCAGAUGCAGAAGUGCUUUAGUGCUUUCUGAGCAGUACAAUAAUUCAGUAUUCCAUAUCUGUCCUCGUGUAGCACCAGCUAGUCCUCUUAAAUCUCCCUACAAGCCUUCCCCCACCCGAAGCACUGACAGAAAGAAGGCAACUUCACCCUCUGCUUCCAAUGCCAUGAAAGGGGCAGCCGCAGCUGAAGUUACUCAGACUGAGAAGAUAAAGAAAGAGAAGCGACCUGCAACACCUGGUUCACCGUCUGGUCCGGGAUCUCCUCUAAGAAGGUCUGAUUCUCCUGCUGCCAUGUCCAGAAGAUCUGCAUCACCUGCGACACCUAAGACAGUUGCAAAGGCUUAUCCUCAGUCUCCUAAAAACACCAAACAAUAUCCAGCUUCUCCUGUGAAGCAUCGUGCCACUUCCAAUCUCAACCAGAAAACUCCUAAAAAGAAAGCAGACAAGGAGAAAGAAAAUGUCAGUCAUCAAAAAUCUUCAGGAGCACGCACUGAUGAGGCAGGCCAGGUGGCUUCUGAGAAGCAUGUGCCUUCUGCAGGAAAGACUGAUAAUAGUGAAGGGAAGAUUACAGCAGGAACAACUGAUGCAGAAGAAGCUUCAAAAAUUCUAGCUGAAAAAAGACGACAGGCACGUCUGCAGAAAGAACAAGAAGAAAGGGAGAGACAGGAAAGAGAUGAACGGGAGAGGCUUGAAAGAGAAGAACAGAAAAGAAAGGCAGAAGAAGAAAGAAUUCGUCUAGAGGAAGAAGCUCGUAAGAAGGAGGAGGAAAGAAAACGUGAAGAAGCAGCAGCUAGAAAAAAGGCAGAAGAAGAAGCCAGGAGAAGAGCUGAGAAAGAACAAAUGCUAAAGGAGAAGCAAGAAGAAGAGCUCCAGGCCAAACCUGAGAAACAGAGGGAAGAAGCAGAAAUCAAAGCCCGUGAAGUAGCCGAACAACUUCGUCUUGAAAGGGAACAAAUCAUGCAGCAAAUGGAGCAAGAAAGACUAGAGCGGAAGAAGAGAAUAGAUGAAAUUAUGAAGAGAACAAGGAGGAGUGAAACACCAGAAAUAAAGAAAGAAGAACCGAAACUGGAGGUACCGUCAACUUUGAAUGUGGAAAAGCAACCAAAGGUCCUUGUUCUCAACCAGACAGAUAUCAAUGGAUUGGCAAACUGCCUGAAAAAUGAAAGCUUAGAAAGUGCUGCCUCUGUAAUCCGUUCCCAAGAUAUAGUUACUAAUGGACUGAAGUCAGUUCCAGGGCUUGUUCAGCUGGAAGCUGUUGAUGGGAAAUCUAACAGCAUGGAAGACUCAACAGAUGAGGUUCAGUCCAUGGAUGUUAGCCCGGUUUCAAAAGAAGAACUUAUCUCUAUCCCUGAAUAUUCACCCAUGAAUGAACUCAUGCCCAGUGUUUCUUUGGACCAAGAUGGGACAAGUAAUGCCAAGGCUCUGGAAGAUCUCUUGGAUUUCACAGGCCAAGCUACGUACUCCAAGAUGUCCAGUGAUACUGUUAGCCUAGAUGACUGUAACAAAAACUUGAUUGAGGGUUUUAACAGUCCAGGACAGGAAAAUACACUCAAUUCUAUCUGUUGACAACUUCACUUUUCAGCAGAACAGAUAAAGGUACGGUAUGGUGAUAAACAUCUUAGAUAUAAUCAAUUGCUGUGAUUACUUACAAGCUUCCCAGAAAAAUAUAGCAGUUGUAAACAGCAUAUAUGGAGAAGAGGAAGAAAGCUGGUCUCCUAGAUCUUUAAGUUCAGCAUAAUCUUUCAUAUUUACAGGUCUUUGUAAAUUGGCAUCAUAUGCAAACUGAGCGUAUGAUAGCAACCAAAAGUAUCUGGUAAAUGGAUACAUUUCCUUUAUACAUUCAGAAUACAGUGAGAAGAGUUGUUGAGUUUUUUUGUUUCUUCAUUAAUACAGUACCUUUCCUAUAAGUAUUUGAAGCCUAUUUGCAUGAAGAAAACAGUUCAAAGUGGGGCCAGCCUAGAAAAUGGUAGUUACUGUUGCUGCUUACUGUUUUCUGCUGCUGUAAAUACUUUUGCAGCACAGUGUAUAAUCACUUAUCCUGGAAAGCCUGCGUAGAAAAAAGCUUAGUAGGCUUCAGUGACAGUUUUGAAGUACAAUGCCACAGUCAAUUUUUCUGGAAAAGUGUAUUUUAAAUUACAAAACUGAGGUCAUCUAACUUGCAUAGCUGACUUGAUAUUCUUCUCUCUCUCUUUUUUAAUUGACAGAGCUAGCAAUUUGUGGAGGAUAUAUAUCCUUAUGAUACUACUGGCAGUAAAAUAUGAGCUUGUCACUUGAAAAAGCUUCUUCAGUCCUUGACACUGGAUGUCAAAUAAUCAGAGCUGAAUAGAGCUUUGUUUUCCCAGGGAAUAUGUUGAGCAACUGGCUGCUUUUGGUAGAAAAAAAUGAUCUAGAGCCUUGAUGGUUUCAGGGAAGGCUGAGUGUACAUUAGAAUUUGAGCUUUAGCUGCUAGUAAAGCACUUAUUUCUUCUUUUAAUUUAAAAUUCAUCUCAACGCUUCACUGUGAUUUUUACCUGUGCAUUUUAUUUUGAAAUAAUUCUUCCUUAAGCUUUUUCAUACAUCCAUUUAGACAUCUCUUUCUUGUAAAUAACGAUGGGGUUUGCCCACAGUGCAUUGAAAUGAAAUAAUAUACUGUACUUGAGUUUGUGCCUAUCUUUUUGUCUUUAAUAAGGAGUUAUUGGCAACUUUUAUGCAGGCGUGUAUUUUUCAAGCCUCUUCAGCUAUAGUUUUGAAUUACACAACUGCUGGAAUCAAAAGAGCUUUCUUACUGGUUGUGGCAUGUGGGAGCUAUCCCAUUAUGGUUAUGUUGACACUUUUAGUCACUACUGGCACUUAAUGGUUAAUAUUAAUUAGUCUGGGAGCAACUAUCAACUAUGUGUUUAAAACCAGAUUUGUUUUAACACUUGUAAACAAAGUAGGCAAAGUGCCUAGUGUAAUCCCUUAAUAUAUAGGUAGUAUAGCUGUAGUAGAUCCAAGUGAGUGGUCGGGGGGUAAGAUAACAUGUUAAUCUUUGAAGAUGCAGACACUUCAUUAAUACCAGCAGGCUUUCUAACAUGUGGAGAAAUAUUUUGUCUUCCUAUAAGCUCAACAAACCAAGAUUUAAUUAGGAGCAACAAUAUGCAAAUGUUGCAGCAGAAGUACAAAGGCUGAGACACACACGGGGAGCGCUGCUAGCCCCCUCAACAUUCUGUAAGCAUCUGUAUGGAAGAAUUCACAUAAGGAUGUAUAAUGUCUAGACAUUGUGCCAUACAGUGUAAACUUUAUUUCUGUUAGUGGACUAUAACUUUAUGCUGGGUCAUGUGCUUCUUUGAGGACAUUUUUGUCCAGUUACUUAUAAGAAUAAAAUACAAAUAAAACUGUCUUGGGACACUAACACAAAAGAAGUGAAAACUUGGGGGGAGUGGGGUUUUUUUGCUUUUUUCUUUGUUUUUUUUUUCACAUGUGAGGGAGUUCACAGCAUAGCUUGAGCUCAGUUGUAGCCCCAUUCUUGAGCUCUUUAAAGCCAGCAACAGGAAAGUAACCAAUGAUAUUGUGUGAUAUAUAAAGAAAUCAUACCUACAACAAUCCAGCUCUAUUUAUGUUUGUGUACUUCAGAGAAAUACUUUCCUUUGACUGUGCAGUAAGCUGUAGCAUGGUACUGUCUUCCAAAUUAGUCCUUCAUCCGUUUCCUAAAUAAUAAACAAAACCAGUUUGUUUUGCUGUUUGACAUGGUGUUUGACAAAUGUCAUGUUAUGUUUUAUUAUAGUGUCAUUGUAUAACCUGUAGAUUUCUGUAUUUGCAUGUCUUGUAUAGCAUGUAUAAAGGUGAAAUACAUUUUCAUUUAUGAAUCUAA